UUAAGGAUCGGUGGGCCUAAUAUAAUUUUCGUUGUAAAAAUUGGAAAAAAGCUUUAUAAUAACUUGCAAUGCAUCAACAAAAAGAAUUUGACGGUGUAAAACUUUCAAAACUGCUGUCUUGGCUCUUACGGCAUGGAGCUAAUAAAGAAGGUUUAUCAUUAGACGGAGCAGGUUAUAUUGAAAUAGAAAAAAUUUUAAGUUUGAAACAAUUUCAAAAUUACACUUCAGACGAUAUUUUGAGAGUAGUAGAUAUCAAUGAUAAGCAGCGAUUCUCUAUUCGCAAGAACAUUGAAACUGGUUUGCUUCAAAUUAGAGCUAACCAAGGACAUUCGUUAUCAGUGGAUGACAAGGAACUAUUGACUUUACUCGAUGAACAUACGGUUCCAGAACUAGUUUAUCAUGGGACAUAUUUUCGCUCUUUAAACAGCAUUAAAGAGAAUGGUUUGAGUAAAAUGAAGCGUAAUCAUAUUCACUUUACUUCAAAAUAUCCUACUAAUAGUAGUAUUAUAUCUGGUAUGCGGAAAAACUGUGAAAUUUUUAUUGUUGUUGCUGCAAAAAAAGCUUUUGCUGACGGCUAUAAAUUUUUCAAAUCAGAAAACGAUGUUAUAUUGUGUCCUGGUAACAAAAGUGGAGUAAUUGCACCAUCCUAUUUCAAGGAAAUUUGGCAACUAUCUCCCUUGAAAAAAAUUGGUUGAUGCUGUGCUAGUUAGGGGAGACUGGGGACAGUGAUCCCCUUUAUUGUUGGAUCUUAUAACCGUUAUUUGAAUCAGUGGAACUUAAAGAUUUCAUAUGUUCAGUCAUAAAACAUUUAGAAGUCUUUAACCUGUCAAAAUGCUAUGUGGUGUUUAAAUUUCUAAAUUAAAAUAAAGUAUUUUAAAGAAUAACUAUCAAUUGUUUAAAGCAUCAAGUAUCCCUCAUUCCUUUAAGGGGAUGUGAUCCUUCUGUAACAAGAGCAAGUGUCCUUAUUAGGGAUGCAUCGGGUAUCUGGCCUUUCUAGUUGGUUUUUAACUAUCCGGUAUCUUAUCUGGUCACUCCGUUUCAGACCAAAUAUCCAGCAGAUCAAGGAAUGUUAUUUAAUAUUAAUGUGUAGAGGAAAAUUUUCAAUUACAAAAUCUGAUUUCGGUUAACCUUUUGGAUGAUAUAAUAAGAUUGUAACUCUUCCAUUAAUUUUUGCUUCUAAAAAAAAUUAUAGACUCUAACUUUCUAUUGGGCGUGAAAGUUUCCUGUAUUUCCUGACUUUUGCAUGAAUUCUCAGUUUGAGUAUUCAGUUAAGUCAGCUUAAAUGAAUGCAGUCAGUCUGCAGCUUCAAAAGUAAUUUGGUCAAUAAGAAAAAGCUGCAAACCCUCAACAAUUGUGUGUAACAAAAGUGAGAAAAACUUUUAAAAUUACCCCAAUUAUUAUAAUAAUUUUUUUUUUUUGAUAUUUUUAUUGACAUAAAGUACCUAAAAUUAUUAUUAUGACAUUGUUAGAUAUUAAAAUUAAUUAUUGUCGCUUUAUUAAAAUGUAAUUCUCAAAUUAUUUUAUUCAUAGAGUUCUUUUAUUUGUGUUCGCACUUCUGAUGAAAAAUACGAUCUUUCUUUAUCUGUUGAUAUGAACUGUGGGAACUGGAUUUUUGUGCUUUUUAAUCAACAUUGUCUUGUUAUUAUAACAAUGAAUAACGUUAAGUAACUGAACUAGUUAGCAUAAAAUAUCCAUUCCCGGGACUCAUCACAACUUACUUUUUUUUUUUAAUUGUCGGUUUGAAUGUGUACAGAGAAAUUUUGAAUCUUGCUUUUUUUUUUAAAUUCAUUCCCUUUAGAUCGGAUAUUUUCUUUCAAAUAAA